AUGUCGCCACCACGUCGCUCCACUACACGAAAUAACAAACGGGUCAUUCCUGAUUUUUUAAAACGAUUUGGUGGAUCUCAAAAUGCAGUACCAAAUGCUACUACGGUCCGGUAUAUCGUCGGACCUCACAACGCAUGGGCUACUCUCGUGCCUUCGGAUAACCGUGGUUUACCGUCUAUUUAUCUAACGGAGAAGAUGAAUUAUUUGGGAAAUCAACAACAACAUAAUGAACCUGUAUUUAGGCGGCUACCGGCUGAUCCCAGAAUAGAUAAUAUCCACUGUUCUAUUUUCAAAGAACAAGUCGAGGGUAUAGGAACGAUUGUUAAGUUACAAAAUCUUAGUCGAAACGGGGCAGUUAAGGUUUUGGAACGUGAACUAAUGUCAAACCAAUUUUUUGAGUUAAAAGAGGGUGAUUCUAUCAAAUUUCCUUCUUCAAAAGGCGAUUGGUAUAGUUACUCUAUAGAAAUCGAUUUAAAACCAGAAGGAAGGUUUCAUAAUGAUUAUAGAAUUAAAGGUAUUCUUGGAACGGGUCAUUUUGGGGAAGUAAAGUUGGCUACUCUUGCAAAUGCCGUAGGUAAUGAGUCAAAGUUUAAAGAAUAUGCUGUGAAAAUCAUUGACAAAAAUACUGUGUCAAAAAAACCAAACACGAAGCUUCAUGACGAAAUUAUUAUAAUGCAUAAGAUAGAACACAAAUCUUUAGUUCGUAUCCGUAAUUUAUAUAAUGAACGUGACAAAUUAUAUCUUGUUAUGGAUUAUAUUAAAGAUGGUGAAUUUUUCGAUUUUAUAUCGAAAAAAAAGAAGUUAACAGAAUAUGAAACUCGCAUCAUUUUUAGACAGUUGUUUGAAGCGAUGAAGUAUCUGCAUGAUCAUCGCAUCGUACACCGAGAUCUUAAACCUGAAAAUAUCCUUAUGUCAAACAAGGAGAAACUUGAAGUUAAGAUAACGGAUUUCGGGUUGUCUAAACUUCUUGGUCCUGAAUACUCUUUGAUGAAAACAAUGUGUGGAACACCUCUUUACAUUGCUCCUGAAGUCCUAGAUCGAUCACCUAGGCGUAGUUACGGAAAAGCUGUUGACAUGUGGAGUCUCGGUGUGAUCCUAUACGUCUGUCUUUGUGGAUAUCCACCGUUUGCUAAAGACUUUGGUCCACCAUCUUUCGAAGAACAAAUAAAGUUGGGAAUAUAUCGGUUCUACCCCCCAUCGUGGAGUUAUAUUAGUAAUGAGGCAAAAGAUUUAAUAAAGGGUUUAUUGAAUGUCAAUGUAAGAGAUAGAUUAACAGCUUCCCAGGCAUUAGUGCAUCCUUUUAUGCAGAUGCUACCAUUACCUCAACCCGUUACUGUAGUUCCAAAUGUGAAUAAUGCUCCAACUUUACCACGAGUGAGUAGCAACGUCCCGCCAAGUGAUGAAGUUAAAAUAAUUUUCGCUCAGAAGCUUUCGGCUCUGUCUAAACGUGCCGAAUCUGGUGAUGAUGUAGAUGAUUCUAACGAUGUCGAUACUGCUUCAUAUGUUACUGCUGAUACGAUCGUAUCAUCUAAAUAUUUCACCCCUCCGGUCCAAGAUGAAUCCAUUUAUUAUUCGGCCAUUGAAUUCAAUUCUUCAAGUUUCGGUAGCCAUAGUAGUGGUGGUAGUUUUACUUUCUGA